UUUCCGCCUACGCAGAAACCUCGUUCGUUAUUAUUUGCAUGUCGUCGAAAAAGCGUCUCUCAGCAAAAUGGGGAAGUCUUUUGCAAAUUUCAUGUGUAAAAAAUUCUUCCAUCCCUCCUCUUUUGCAAAUAUAAAAAGGGUUUGGCUUGCCGAGCAACGUGUCAAAGAGGAAACCAAGAAACAAGACGACCUGCGAGAAGAGUAUGAGAAGGAUCAGGACCAUUAUAACAACAGGCAGCUGAUGGGCGAUGAACGAGUCAAGCAUGGCUUGACAUUCAUCUAUGAGGCACCCAAGGCCUACCAGAAAGAAGCAGACAAGGAGACAGACGGAAAGCUAGUGUGGAAAAGAGCAGCAACGGCCCAGGGUUCAAGCUCAACAGCCGUUGGGUCCAGUGCGGGAGAUGGUGUAGUGGUGCGGAACGUACGGUGUGUGAAAUGCAAUCAGAUGGGCCACAUCCCAACGGACAGAGAGUGCCCCUUAUACAAGACCACUGAGGAGAAGCCUGACGGGCGACCAGUGCAUCAGGAUCAGCUGGUGGAGGAUAUGCGACGCGACGGCUAUGCCUUCAAACAAAGCGUGCUCGGCAGGAGCAUCGACGAUGCGAACUACAGUAAGGAUUUAAUUGGUGAUGAUGAUUCCGAUGACGGCCCUCCUCCCGAGGAAGCCUUCUUGAACUCGUUGACCAAGAAACAAAAGAAAAAACUCCUCAAGAAGCUGGACCGCAUGGAGAAGAAACAUUCUGGCUCCGUGCAUAAGAAGAAGAACCGUCACAAGAGGCAACGGCGCAGUGGCAGCGGCUCAUCGGAGGAUGAACCGGGGAAGCACCACAGGGAGAAGAAAAAGCGCAAGAGGCCUAGGGAGAGCAGUGACGACACCACCAGCAGCAGUGAGGAGAGCUCAGAUGGUGGACAUCAUCAGGGGAAGAAGUCCAGACGGAGAUGUCAGAGCGGCAGGGGAGACAGAGAUGGCCCUGGAGGAAACAGGAGGGAUUCUAGCAGUGGGGAUGAGAGAGGAAGCAAGGUAUGCAAUGACCGCAAGCUGCAUCCCAGCGAUAGACACAGAGGACAUGGUCACAAGAAAGAGAGGACAUCUCGAGAUCCUGGGAGAAGCCAAAACGGUCAUGGGCAGCAGCAAAACGAUAGUUCUGACGAUGACAGACGCACUGGAUCCAAACCCGCUAGACAGCAUCGGGAUAGGGAUUCCCACGAUCGUCAUUUGUCGGAACACAUCCGUGACAAGCACUACCACAAGAGCUCUUGGGAAGAUCGUGACUCCAAAGACAGGGACACAUCGCGAAUCAAAAAUGAGAAAGACAGAAGGGAUGACAGACGGGAUGACAGACGGGAUGACAGAAGAGACAGGGGUCCUAGUGAAAGACACUCUAAGGACUACUCUGACAGGAAGGAGGACAGAUACAGCAAAAAGGACAGGAAAUAACAGAAGCAGUAGCAAGAGGGAAAGAGACAUGUUGCCCCCUCCUCAAAACAGAUACAAGUACAGUGUAUAAAAACGUCUGGGGCAAAUGAAUUAGAUGUUGGAUAACACUUCUGUUUGCAGUGCAUCGUGAUUGAAUGAUUCUGUGUGAUAAAGAACUUAUUUUCAGGAAAUUUUACAUUUCCUGGAGGUCCUGCCUUUUGGGAUGUCUAAACUGUUACUCUUUCUGCCUCUGAGAUGCAUUUGCCUAAAAGUCAUUUUAGACUUGCAUAUUUAAGUAAAGAAAUAAGGGAUGGAAUAUUUAAGAAAUGGUGGAGUUCAGACGGUUUACGAUUUAAGACAAACUGGUAGUGAAGAUGGUUGAUACAGGAUUGAAUGGAAGAAAAAGAGUUUGAAACAAAACAUUGGAAACCUUGAUAAAAAAUCUGGGUAGUAGUUUUCAUGCGGAUUAGAAAAUGAAGCUGUCAGAUAAUUUACAUGUAAAACCAAGGUUAUCUGUGUAAAGGUUUAUUUUAUUUGAAAACGUGACAAAUUCUGCUCUGAAGCUCCUUUUUCUUAAUGGAAACAGUACCAGCUUUUUGUUAAUCCAAUUUCUAUAUUUUUGGAUUGAAAAUGUUCAAUUCAAAGUCGUUCAGAAAAGUCCAAUUUUUGGUGAAAUUUCAAUGAAACAGCAAAGCUAACCCCUUGCAAUUUUUUUUUCAAAUUUUUGGUGAAAAUUUUAUCUUGAAAUAAAUUUCUCUUCUUUUAGAAGAAGGCCACUUUUGUUAAAACUUUAAUUACAUUGCAAAGUUAUCUAAACUCUUUGAAGGUUUUCAAAUUCUGGGGAAAAUUUAAAAUGAUCAUAACUGCAUGAAAUUCAUCUCGAACUACCUUUCUGAGCUCUUUUAGAAAAAGUCCUUUUACAAAGUUUUAAUCCAAUUACAAGGCUAACCCCCUAGUAGUUUUUAAAUUAAGGGCGAAAACUUUUAAACGGUCUAAAUUGCCUCAAAAUUUUCUAGAAGUUUCAGAAAACUUGCCCUUCAUCUCGGAAUACUUUUCUGAACUCUUUCAGAAAAAGUCCAUUUUGACACGAUUUUGAUUAAAUUGCAAGGCUAACCCUCGUAGUUUUUUUUUUCAAUUUUUGGGCGAAACUGUUAAAUUGUCCAAAUUGCAUCAACGUGUGUCGGAAAACCUGAAAUUUAUCUUGGAAUAGCAAUGUCGACAUGAACAUCAGUCAGACAGGUAUGCCCGCUCAGAUUAUUGAAAUUACUAUGUGUGUAUAGUUUGUACAAGCUGCUCUCAAUGAAACUCUUUUUCGUUUUUCCAUCUGUUGUUUUCUUAAAAAAAAAACUACGAAAAUCUGUGGAUGUACUCGAUAGCUGACGGACAAAAAGAUCUUGUACUAGAGUUUUAGUAUUGAUUAGUCUGUAUUGGCGAAAAGUAGAAUAAAUAUGUAUCAUCUGGAACAA